GCGCGUGUUCCGUCACGGAAGAAAUAAAAAGACGGAACUUCCGGUAUGUGCCUGCACGUUUCACUGUUUUCUUUUAUCAAGCAGGUCAAACAGCGACUGGAUGCAGCAGAGGGAGACAUCUGGGAGACUGAAAGAUCAGCCGCAGACUGAACAGGAGCUUUCACGUUUAACGGAAAAGGAGCAACAGAGGAGAAGGUUGAACUGCUGUUUCAAGUCCCCGCGAUAUAUGUGAUGGACAAACUGGAUGUUCAGCAGAUGAUGUCGAUUAAAGAAGAGGCUCCUGAAGAACAGAGACCUGGUGUGAGCCAGAUGGACCUGGAGACCCUCAACGUGAAGGAGGAAGGGGAAGAGCCAUCUAAUGAGAUAAUGGAAACUUGUGCCACCAGGAUUUCAUGCACUGCAGCUUCUUGUCAGUGUGAGGAGGAUGAAGACAAAGUUCUGUUUUCACAGUUCGAUCAGCACCAGGCUACUGACCGAGAUCUUCCAACUAGCAGCUGUCCUGACCAGAUGAAAGCAGAAAGUGGUGGAAAGAACUGUGGAGGAGCAGAAAGUACCAGGAAUUCAGAUCUAAAUGCUAAUGAAGAUGAUUCCAACCCUUCAGAGCCUGAAAUUGGUUUGAAUGAAGAUGACCUGAGUGGGAAAAGUUGUUGUAACUGUCAGCUGAAACCCUUGUCAGACUCUGAGCCAGAAACUGAUGACAGUGAAGAAUGGAAUGAGAGCGAGUCUUCUGAGUCAGGUGUUAAGUCUGUGACCAAAUCAUGUAGCUGCCCUGAGUGUGGUAAACCUGUUCUCCACAAAGGGUCUCUCCAGAAACAUGUGAGAGUGACAAGUCUCUCAGCAACAAGGUCUUCAAGAUGUUGGGAAAACGAGAAAGGUGUUGGAGUGGAGCAAAUUUUAGACUCGCGCAGGAAAGUCCAGAUAGAACAAAAACCAUCUAGUCACCUGAGUGUCCACACCGAACAGAAACCUUUCAUGUGUGAGCUCUGUGGAAAAAGAUUUAGCGAAAGGACAUGUUUAAACAGGCACUUAAAGAUCCACACAGGAGAAAAACCUUUUGUUUGUGAGCUCUGUGGAAAAAGAUAUAACCGUAACAGUCAUUUAAACGUACACAUAAAUGUCCACGCAGGACAGAAACCUUUUUCUUGUGAAGUCUGUGGACAAAGAUUUAGCCAAAGGACAUGUUUAAACAGGCACAUAAGUAUCCACACAGGAGAAAAACCUUUUGUUUGUGAGCUCUGUGGAAAAGGAUUUAGGCAAAGUUCAGGUUUAUACAUGCAUAGGAGAGUCCACACAGGUGAGAAACCUUAUGAUUGUAAGUUCUGUGGACAAAAUUUUAGCCGCAAGGAACUCUUAAUGAGACACAUAAGUGUCCACACUGGACAAAAACCUUUUGUGUGUGAUGUUUGUGGAAAAGGAUUUAGCCAAAAGGGAAAUUUAAACACUCACAUGAGACUCCAUACAGGACUGAAACCUUUUGUGUGUGAUGUUUGUGGAGACAGGUUCAGGCAUAAGGUCAGUUUAAACACACACAUGAGAGUCCACACAGGAAACAAAACACAGAUUUAACUGCAAGGGUUCCUGCUGGUAACGUUUUAAUUUUCACAUCCUAGAUUUCACCUCUGGUAGCAGUCCUUUGCCAUAGAUCAAGAUGCUCAGUUCUGGUUAUGAAGGGCCACUUAUCUAGUUGUUUUCCCACUCCAACAUACUUGAUUAAAAGAUUAAAUCACCUGUUCAGUAGUUCAAGCUUUUCAGAAGUCCUGGUUUAAAAUCAGGUGUGGUGGAGCAGGGAAGGAACAAAAACAUGCUGUAAAUUUCCUUUUUUGUGUGGGGUCAUCGCCCAUUAAGGUGAUGGGUUAGUGUGUCCAGCAAGAGCUUGUUUCAAAGUGACAGAGCCCUGAAACAGCUCAUUCUGGAAUGUAUUGAAAGUGUCAAGAAUAAAGCUGAUGAGAUUG